ACGAUCUAUUUCGCUAAUAAAAAAAAGUAUAAUUACUCGUUUUAUAAAAUAAGUUUAACGUGAUUUAUUUUUGUAUAACUAUACAGUUAAAAAUAUACACAUUUUUAAUAAAAUAUAAGUGAAUUACUGUGAUAAGUGCAUAAUUGUGACACAAAUUUGUAAAAGUGCAAUUUACACUGUGCAUUCGUUUAGUUUUUAUUAUUGUUCAUUAAUAACCGGUAACGGAAUAAUCAUAACAAAUCGACCAGUUUGCUAAAUUCUGCAGUUUUACGACAAACCUGUUGAAAAGUACGAUGUGCCAUUGAGACUUGCAAACGGAACCGGAAAUAAGCGCCAUGCUUGCCGUACUGCCGCGCUGGAUAGCGCGGCUCCAAGAUGGAGGUCUCCUGAAUCAGCUGCUUAUGGCUGUGAUGGUGACCAUCCCAGUCCUCAACUUCGGCAUGCUAAUGGGCUGGCAGUCGCCCAUGACGCCACUCCUCCAGUCAGCUGACGGUCCCGCUCCGGAACCGAUAUCCGACGACACCAUAUCGUGGAUGGCAUCCGUCACGUUCCUACCUCCAGUGUUUUGUGGGUGCCUGGUGGGGGAUCUGGCUGACAAAUGGGGGAGGAAAGUUACUACUAUGAUGACGUCACUCAUGCUUGUGAUCAGCUGGGCCAUAACUAUGAUCUCUCUGGCCCCAUGGGCGCUUAUAACAUCGCGCGCGGUCGCCGGCCUGGCUUGCGCUGGAUGCUAUGUGGUCACCCCCCUAUACCUGAAAGAGAUCGCAUCGGACAAUGUCCGCGGCGCGCUCGGCUCCCUCUUCAUCCUGUCCCAAAACCUGGGUUACCUGGUGGUCUACGUGGCCGGGGACGUCCUUUCCUUUGCCAGCGUGCUGUGGCUGUGCACGGCGGUGCCAGUGCUGCAUCUGGUGGCGUUCAUGGCGAUGCCAGAGACACCUGUGUUCCUGGUGAAACAGGGGAAGAUACAGGAGGCACGUGAGGCUCUAGCGUGGCUGCGUAACACCAGCACAGACAACAAGGACCUGGAAGAAGUCAUCCAACAGCUGGACAGAGAGGAACAGCUGUCCAGGUCCAUGCAAAAGGCCACCUGGAUGAGCAUAGUGCGUGACAAAACGACCUUCAAAGCAUUCCGGAUUUCUCUCAACGUCAUGCUGUCACAAGAAACCUGCGGUUACCUGGUGGUCCUCAUGUACGCUGGCUCCAUCUUCGAGCAGGCCUCGGAGUCCAUCAGCUUGAAGCUCAGCCCUAACAAGCAGACCAUUGUGGUGGGAGGCAUACAACUGCUUGGAUCUAUAGUGGCUAGUUGUAUAGUGGAGAAGACUGGACGAAAGUGGCUCCUCGCCGGAACCUCGUUCGCAACCGGCGUCUCCAUGCUGGCCCUGGGCGCCUGGUUCUACAUCACUAGCGUCGGCUUCUGGUUACCGGGCUGGUUGCCAGUAUUAGCCAUGUGUCUGUGCAUCUUUGCGGAUGCAGCAGGCUACCAACCUGUGCCUUAUGUGAUCACUUCAGAGCUGUUCUCGUUCCAACAUCGAGGCAUGGUAACCUCCUUCGUAAGCAGCGUCGACGCCCUCAGUGACUUCCUUCAAACGAAGGCCUACGAUCCCCUCCUCAAACUCCUCGGUAUCCACUGGGUCUUCGUCAUGUUCUCAAUAGUUUGCUUCCUUGGCACACUGUAUACAGUAUUAUGGGUCCCUGAGACUAAGGACCGCAGCGUAGAUGAGAUCUAUGCUAUUCUAGAGGAUUCUAGAAAGAAGGAGAAGAGGAAAGAUGUGGAGACGGGGAAGGAGAUGUGUCGGUUAUGAUUUUUUGAGCAGGUUUGUGGUAGUGUGGUUUUCUGAGGAAAUUUCAAUUUUAUGAGCUGUCCCCUUACUAUUAUGUCUUGUAAAUCUAUAGAAUACCACCAACAGACCCUUGUGCCCUUAUAAGAUGGAUUACUAAUAUAAAUUAAAUUGUUAUCUACAAAAACAACACAAUAAAACAAUAGGCUUUUGUAGUAUAAAACAGUGAACCUAUAUCAUUGAGAUACCUUUUAUUACUAUAUAGAGAAGCCAUACCAUGCUUGCCAUCAUACUUAAAACAAAAACGCAUCUUUACAAUAAGAAUUACGGUUCGAAAUCGUAUGACUAGAAAGGAAUGUCAAAUGGUUUAAGGGGUUUAAAUGUUUCAUAUCAUUAAAUUAUGAUAAACAGAUUUGUAAAUUCGUCGUCAAUAGAACUUGCAAAUAAUGUAAACAAAUAUGGCAGAUUGUGUUAGCGUUUGACACAUAACCUAACAUUUUUACGAAGGUUAUUUUCCCUGAAAUAUUAAUAAUUAACAUUUAAUUUAACUAAAAAAUUAUAUAAAUAAAAUAUUUAAGUAUAUACUGUUGAUAAGGUCAUGGUUGUCCUUUUAAAGAGCGAGAUUACGAAGUAAUGAAGGUAAAAUGGUUUGUUUGCAAUGUUUACAUUAUUUGCAAGUUCUAGUUUUUUUUUUAUUGACGACGACUUUAGGUGGUAGUUCAUGUUUGUACUUAAAUGAUAACACAAUUCAUGCUUAAUUUGUUAUUCGUAUGAAAUGACAUCCAGUGACUAAGCACGCAUAUUGUCAAAACAACGAGUGCAAUAUACAAAUGUGUAACUGGUUUAAAAAACAAAUUUUGCCACCGAGUGAAACACAAAAUUUUUCACCACCAACGCAAGGAAAAUACUAACUGUAAAAUAUAUCAAACAAUAUCAAACUAAAUCCAUUCGAAAUGAAUUUUAUUAAAUAUUUAUUAUUCAAAAUCAUAAUUAAAAAGUCAAUUUUACCAGGUAACUACUCAAAAUUUGCAUUUGAUUACUUAGCCACACAUGUGGAUAAAAUGCAACUUUCUCGUCAUUUUUUAGGGUUCCGUACCCAAAGGGUAAAAACGGGACCCUGUUACUAAGACUCCGCUGUCCGUCUGUCUGUCUGUCCUCAGACUGUAUCUCAUGAACCGUGAUAGCUAGACAGUUGAAAUUUUCACAGAUGAUGUAUUUCUGUUGCCGCUAUAACAACAAAUACUAAAAAGUACGGAACCCUCGGUGCGCGAGUCCGACUCGCACUUAGCCGGUUUUUUAACAAUCAAGAGAGCCGGCCUCUACCAGCUGAUGGUGUGGUGAAAAAUUACAAAUCGAAUUCGAACUGAGAACCAAACCAAGGUCUGUAGUUAAUUUUUUUUGUUGAUUUGACAUCUAAGAAAGAUAUGUUUUUUUUUUAAUGAUUGCAGCGCCAUCUGCUUUUACUUAGCGUGUUUAUUCUUAUUGUAUUUACAGCCGUUUUGUUGAAUUUAAAUUUUUUUUAUUUCUUAGUUCAAAGCUAAUUUGUUGAAUAAGUUCGCUGGGACUUGCGAGGUUAACUUAGAAAAUCACACCGAACCUUGUCGCAAUCACAUUUUGCUCAAUCCACUCGUGCCUUAAUACGUAUGACGUAAUGUUUAAUAACAUAUGACAGGGUUCUUAGUUAUAUAUGACUCCUCUGUGCAUAAAUGAUGUCCUGCGAGAUAGAGCAUAUAAGAUGGCUCGUUGGCUCCACUUAUCGGCGCAGUUGUACUUAUUAUUAAACAACGCGUACUUACACAAAUAAUUACAAUGUAAGACUAAAACGGACAUUAUACUUACAUUCAAAGAUUUUUUUGUACUUUGUACUUUAAAUUGUCAAAGUAAAAGGCGUAAUAAUAUUGUUAAUAGUGACAUAGGACAAAUUACGAAGUAGCACAGAAAUAAUAUAACCUUGAUCAUAGUACAAUCAGCUGCAGAGAAAACCCUGCAUACAAAUUUCUAUGCGCCUUUUCUCUGCAGCUGACUGCCCUCACAUCCUUGACAAUCUUCGGAAAACAUACAAGACUAUAACUACUUAAGUCUGAAUGAGACGUAUACGUACGUAUGUGGAUUUGUGUGCAUUUGCAAGCUCCUUUUAAUAACUAAGACUUAUUGUUUUGUUUAGGAAUAAGCUGUACUUAAUUAGUAUUUUAAUAUUUUUGACAAGCACGCCGAUUAGAUGUGGAUUAAGAGCGUGUCUUAUAUGCACUAUUUGGCCGCUAUACUAACUCAACCUCGUAUCUGCAACACUCUUUUGAUGACAAAAACACCCGUAUUCCGAAUGAAAGAAAAGCGACAUUUCCAUCAAAUGAUUGUUGCAGAUGUGAGGUUGAGUAAGUAUAGCGACGAUUUGUGGGAGACAAUCUAUGACUGAGCAAUGAAAAUUAAUUACUUUGAAAGAACAAGGUGACCCAUUUUUAUUGCUUAUGAGGGUAGUCUGAUCGAAUGUAUUAUAGAAACUCGCUUCGCCUAAUGAUAACGAUUGUGAUAUUAUUGACGAAUAUUAAUGUUUAAUGUUGGUAUUUUUAUUUGUAAGUCUAUUUUUAUGACAAUAAAAGUAUUUUAUUUAUAACGA